UGCUUUGGUAGAGUUUGACGUGGCACUCUGCUUUAACUGAGGGCACUAGGCUGAGAAGAGGACUCUGCCCACUAUUCAGGUUGUCAGACGUCUACCAUCUUGGUAUGAGCAGACAGUGAUUUCCACUCCAUCAAGAUGAGCCAACAGGGUUAUGUAGCUGCACCCCCAUACUCGCAGGCACAGCCAGGGAUGGGGGGCUACCAGGGUGGAUUUGGAACUAGUCCCACGCAGCCCCUCUAUGGACACUAUGGAGGACCAUCUCAGGCAUUCAGUGCUCCCCCAACAGGUAUUAUGAAAUCCCCAGUUUCCUCAGCUGCUGGAAUGCCACCACCUCCAGUGUCCAGUCAGUACAAUCCAAACGUCCAGCAGAACGGUGCUCAUUCACAAAGGUACCCUGCUCCACCAGCUGCAUCUGCUCCUUAUGGCCAGCCUCCACACUCACCGUACAACAGCAUGGCCUCACCUGGCCCUCCAACACAGCAGGUCAUUAAUCAGAUGAGUGCAAUGAACUUGGGGAAUUAUGCUGCAGGUCCCAUGCAGAGCCCUCCUCCUCCAACAAGCCCCAUGGGCCAGCAGCCUUUCCAGACACCACCUCCUCCAGCAUCAAGUCAGCCACAGAUGCCUCCAGGUCCACAGUCACUCCACAUGUCCCCCCAGAUGACUCCACCGCAGUCACCCCAAUCAGGCAUGCCAAUGGCAGGCCCUCCAAUGGGAGGCCACCUUAUGACAGGGACUGCAAUGGGAGGCCAGUCUAUGGCAGGUCCUCCAAUGGGAGGCCAGUCUAUGGCAGGUCCUCCAAUGGGAGGCCAGUCUAUGGCAGGUCCUUCAAUGGGAGGCCAGCCUAUGGCAGGUCCUCCAAUGGGAGGCACACCCUUCCCUGGACCAUCACCUCUAGGUCCUGGAGGUUUUCAGCAACCUGGACCUGGGCCUGCUGGUCCUCCAGGAUACCCACAGCAAGCAGGUCAAUUUGGGGGACACAUGGCUGGGCCAGGCAUGUCAGGGGCCUUCCCUGGAGCACCAGGUGCACUGGCUGGCCCACCUCAGAAGAAAAUGGAUCCAGACUCUAUCCCGAGCAUAACCCAGGUCAUCGAAGAUGACAAAGCAAAGCAAGUGGGACAGAUCUAUAGUACAAACAUCAGAGGACAGGUCCCGCCUCUCGUCACCACUGACUUCACAGUUCAGGAUCAAGGAAAUGCCAGUCCCAGGUUCAUACGCUGCACCACCUACUCUCUACCCUGCACCGCUGAUCUGGCCAAACAGUGCCAAGUGCCCUUGGCCUCCAUCAUCAAGCCUUUUGCCAAUUUGCCAAAAAAUGAGGCUCCUCUGUACGUUGUGAAUCACGGUGAGACGGGCCCAGUCCGCUGCAAUCGAUGCAAGGCCUACAUGUGUCCCUACAUGCAGUUCAUCGACGGCGGUCGUCGCUUCCAGUGCAGUUUCUGCAACUGUGUCAAUGAGGUGCCAGUCUUCUACUUCCAACACCUUGAUCACGUGGGGCGGAGGGUGGACUUCUAUGAGAGGCCUGAGCUAUCCCUGGGAUCAUAUGAGUUUGCAGCCACUCUGGAUUACUGCAGGAAUAACAAGAUUCCCAAUCCUCCCGCCUACAUCUUUAUGAUUGAUGUGUCUUAUAACAACAUCAAAAGUGGCCUGGUCAAAAUGAUAUGCGAUGAACUGAAGACUCUGCUGGAGAAGCUGCCCAGAGAGGAAGGUGCAGACAACUCGGCUAUAAAAGUGGGAUUUGUUACCUACAACAAGGUGCUCCAUUUCUACAACGUGAAGAGCGCUCUGGCCCAGCCGCAGAUGAUGGUGGUGUCAGACACUGCUGAGAUGUUCGUCCCACUGCUUGAUGGCUUCCUUGUUAACUACCAGGAAUCGAGGGCCGUUAUCUACAACCUUCUGGAUCAGAUCCCUGACAUGUUUGCAGACACCAAUGAGAGUGAAACGGUCUUUGCCCCUGUCAUCCAGGCCGGUGUGGAGGCGUUUAAGGCAGCAGAGUGCAACGGAAAACUCUUCAUCUUCCACUCAUCCAUGCCCACUGCUGAGGCUCCUGGCAAACUGAAGAACAGAGAUGAUAAAAAGCUGGUCAGCACUGACAAAGAGAAAACCCUGUUUCAGCCCCAGAGAGGUGUUUAUGAACAGCUGUCUAAAGACUGUGUGGCACAGGGCUGCUGUGUGGAUCUCUUCCUUUUCCCCAGUCAGUACCUGGACUUGGCAACCAUGGCGGAUGUACCUUCACACACUGGAGGCUCUGUCUACAAGUACAGCAAUUUCCAGAUGGAGACGGAUGGGGAGCAUUUCCUGAGAGACCUGAGGAAAGAUGUGCAGAAGAGCAUUGGGUUUGAUGCCAUCAUGCGUGUUCGUACCAGCACAGGCUUCAGAGCUACAGACUUCUAUGGUGCAGUUCACAUGAACAACACCACAGACGUAGAGAUGGCAGCUGUGGAUUGUGACAAGGCUUUGACGGUGGAAUUCAAGCAUGAUGACACGCUCAGCGAGGAGACAGGGGCUCUUAUGCAGUGUGCCUUGCUUUACACCACCAUUGGUGGGCAGCGGCGACUCCGCAUCCACAACCUCAGUCUGAACUGCAGCUCACAGCUGUCAGAGCUGUACAAGAACUGCGAGACUGACUCGCUCAUCAACUUCUUUGCCAAAUCAGCUUACCGUGCCAUAUUGAACCAGCCUGUAAAGAAUGUGAGGGAGAUCCUGGUCCACCAGACGGCUCACAUGUUGGCCUGCUACAGGAAGAACUGUGCCAGCCCCUCAGCUGCCAGCCAGCUGAUCCUGCCUGAUGCCAUGAAAGUGUUCCCAGUCUACAUGAACAGCCUGAUGAAAACUGGUCCUCUGGUGGGCAGUACAGAGCUCCCCACAGAUGACAGAGCCCACCAAAGACUGUCAGUCAUGGCCAUGGGGGUGGAGGACACACAGCUGCUGCUCUACCCACGCCUAAUCCCACUGCACAACGUGGAUGCUAGCAGUGAGGUGGUGCCUGCUCCCGUGCGCUGCUCAGAGGAGCGUCUUGCAGACUCUGGCAUGUUCCUGCUGGAGAACGGGCACUCCAUGUUCUUGUGGCUGGGCCAAGCAACCCCACCAGACCUCAUCCAGAGCAUCUUCAACGUACCCUCUCUUGCGCACUUGCAGGGACAGAUGUGCACGCUGCCAGAGCUGGACAACCCAUUGUCAAUAAAAAUCCGGUCCAUCAUUAAUGACCUUCUUGAGAAGAGGUCAAACUCUAUGAAGCUGCAGAUUAUCAGGCAAAGAGACAAACCGGAGAUGUUGUUCCGACAGCUCCUGGUGGAGGAUAAAGGCUUGUACGGUGGAGCUUCCUACAUGGACUUCCUUUGCUACGUUCACAGAGAGAUCAGGCAGCUGCUUACUUAACCGGACAUGUUUGAUGUUCAUAUCCUCCUCCCAACUAGACCCGGAGAAACAAAGCAUCUAACAGACAGUACGCACAGCUAACAGGGUCAGUCCCAGUAGGUUUGAUUUGAAUGUUUUAAGAUGAGCCACACAAACGUUCACUAAAACAUCUGAAUGACAGAACCAGAAAAGGCCUUUUGAGAACCCCAAGUCCCAAGCUGCUCCUGGCAUUGUUUGCUAUACAGUAUGAUCCUGAAAUAACCACUUAGCUAGAUUUCUAAUAAAUAUGGAGGAGUAAAUUGGACAACACAUCCAGCGUUUCCCGCUUAGGUACUCAGUCUGAUGGAUUGACUUCACUGCCUGAGGCUGAAAUACAUUUUGGCAUUAACAUCUGCUGUGUAUUCAAUUAGUUAAAGCAUUUUUUUUCACUUUGUAAGUUUAGAGGGUCUGUAUUACACAAAGGGUUAUUUGUGGGUUUACUGUGGCUGAUGUUUGUACGUAAAGAAGACAAUAUAAAGAGUCUCAUUAAAAAAAAAACUAAAUGUUUCUUUUUUUUUUUUUAACCAUUUCAACAUUUUAUCACAGAAAGGUGCAUUAUAAUAACUCAGUAAAUUUCAAUAUGUAACCAAAACUAUGCUGAAACAAGCCACUGACUUCAAGGACUGAAAAUCUGCCCUGUUAUUACACCUUAUACAAUGUUUGAUUCACACAUGCCCCCACUGAAAGUCAAACUCUUUCACCAUUUAUGGCUGAGUCUUUGUAAUGAUGCAAAAAGCGUUUUUUUUUUUUUUUGCUGCUUUGAGUACAAAAAGAAUUUAAAGCAGCUGUUAACAGUACAAGGACCAACUCUGUGUCCUGAUAGAAAAAGAGACAAAGGAACAGAUGGAAAGGCAUUAAAAGGGAAAAAGUUUUCUUAUUCAUCUCUCUUUGAAGUAGUCAUUCUACAGUUGGUCUGUGGCUAUGACGCAUUUUUAUAGGUUUGACUUAUGAGCUCCAGAAAGUCCAAAACAUAAAUCCAACCUCAGCAAAGUAUCAGUAAAAUACUCUGUCAGGUCAGCUGUGGGCUUCCUGUCUAACCACCUAAAUGAAAUUCAGUCUUGUGUAGAAAGAUAUUUAACAUUCCUGUACAGUUAAAGCAUCAUAACCUAUCACUUUGUUUUAUAAAGAUAAUUCUGCAUAAUACAUGUAAUUUGUCUGAUAAAUAUUAUUUCAUUUUGUGUACAUGGAGCCUAUAAAAACUUUUUUGUACAUGAAAAGUACAACUUGUGUUUUCAAGAUAUUACCACCUGCCUUAUAUUGAUGUAAUUGUUGAAAGUGUUGUGUCAUAGGCGCACAUGAUGAUGCAAACUUCUCUCAGGUGAUUUCAGUACCUUAUUAUACCAAGGUGACAGAAAGCAGUGGAGUGAAUCGAACUUUGGACGGAUCGUUGUUAGUGGAGUAGACUAUAUGUGCCAUGUACAUUUAUUUCCCACCCUUAAAAAAAACCUUCUGAUUAAGCUUUUGACUCUGUUAUUUACUGUUUCCAGUACAUUUCAUCAUCUGAUCAACAUUAAAAUGAGAAUUUCAAUGCCAUUGUUUACAUGUAGUUCUUUGUACAGCAACGAAUGUUUGAUUAAGUAAAAAUAACAGUUCAUAAUGAGUAACUAAGUUAAAUAUCAAGCAUACUGAAAAUCAUCAUUUUUUACUGUGUUGAUUCCAAAAAGCAACUUGUUUGUAUGAAAGACCAAAACUCAUCAUACAAAAGAAAUAUGUAAACUUAGUCCAAAAAGUGAGGAAAUAUGUGUUAAGUGGAUUAUUUCUUUUAUGUAACAAUGCUUUUUGGAAAUAAAUCUUAUACUACUUGAAAAUAUAUUUUUUUUCAUUUUAAACAGCUCCACAUUUUAAAGAAAAUGCAUUUGGGGAAUGAGCAGAGUUGAGUAUGUGGAUGGCUCCCAUGAAAAACUUGCCAAAUGUCAGUCAAUGCUGGACAGCUUAUUCUGCUACUGACUCUUGUUUUGAGCUUCUGGUAGCCCAGGUGAAGAAGAAAGAGUCUGCAGUCCUGACCUAAACCCUACUGAACACUUGUGAGAUGACCUUGUUGGGUGUGACGUAUGACAAAUUCUGGUUAAAGAAUGGGAUGCCACCCUGUAGCAUGAGGAGGAGGCGCCAGGCUGUUGUGAUUGUGUAUGGUUCUGCAUGUUACUGAGGCUCAUGUUCGUUAAAAGAAUAAACUGUUAAAUUGA